AAGCUGGGCGUGGUGCGCUUUCGAGUGCAGUGCAAGUGCAGUGAGCAUGAGAGAUGCCGAAAAUAAAAGAAUCAAGACUGUCUACUCGCUCAAGGAAAGAGAGAACAAGUAUUCCUUACGCCAGAGGGUUUCAUCUUCCUACUAGAAAACGUUGUCUGGAGGCUCUAGCUGGGAAACACGAGCAGGAGCUGGACAAAGAGUAUGACUCGACUGGUGACUUCUUCCAGUCCAUCCCCAAGCCCUCAUCAAUCGAUGACUGGCUAGCACAAUACAAUGAAACAGGGCAAACCUACCAACAGUUUCUGGACGAGUGCCCGUGGCUGUCUAAGCGAAAACUGAAGUAUGUCCGACAUACUUUCAACUCUACCGGAACCACGCUACAAGAAAAAUACCCUGAGGGUAAAAUAUACCUCCUUCCAUUGGGAGAAUUUGACGGAGAGACAACUCCUCGAUUCAGCGAUUUGGCCGAAUACGCUCGUCUAUUUUACGAUGUUCCCGUGGAGAUCUUGCCACCUGUUAAACUGGUUGUAACUGGAGAUAAAGUGGUUUGGGAAGACACUCUCGAUGCAAAGGAAUUGACUCGAAAUCCAAGAGCAUCUCGAAGUAGCACUCGUACAACUCACUAUCAAUUAUUGUCACGAUUCGACUCAAAAACCGGUCACUAUCAAUUGCAAAUUAACUCCGUACUGUAUAAACUGAGGCAGAUUAUUCCCAAUGAUUCGAUAUGUGUCAUGGCCCUUACUAUGUCAGAGUUAUACGAUGAAUCAACGGACCUUUUUGUAGCUGGAAUGGCCGCUGGUAAUCAACGUGUAGGUGCUUUCAGUUUCAGUAGGUACAAUCCCACUCUGAACUUCUCCUAUGAAUUCUGGUACAAAGUUUAUCGAGAGGACGUGAAGAUGUCUACCACUGAACAGAGAAGAGUUAUGCUCCAAAGAAGCUGUAAACUACUAGUUCACGAGAUUGCACAUUUGCUCGGAGUGGAUCACUGUAUUUGGUAUUCUUGUUGCAUGAACGGAUCGGGUCAUUUGAAGGAGGAUUUCGAACAAUCGAUGCAUCUCUGUCCUGUCGACCUAAGGAAGUUACAGACCCUGUGUGGAUUCAAUAUGGUGGAGAGGUAUGAAGGACUGAUGAGAUUUUAUAGGGCACAUGGACUGUCUGAAGAGGAAGAGUGGGUCAGAAAUAGACUGCAAUUUAUCACUAAAAGUUAGACCACCAUAUAUGGCAUGCAUGGCCAUUCGUGUGUAUAAUUAUACUGUUUCUAUUACGUACAUGUACAUGUAUGUGUUUUAUCUUCAUUGGCAAUCACGUUUUUUUGCACGUCACAAAUUUAAAUUUUGCAAAAUUAUUAUUGUCG